AUGGUCACUAUAAAUCUAGCCUACAGCGUUCCCAUCAACCCCAGCGGUGUGUCUCCCAUCUUGUCAGAAGCUCAAGUCUGGAAUGGCCUCAAGCGCAAAGUCCGCAAGGCCAACGAAUUCGUGGCUCCCAUUCUUGAGUGCAACGUUCUUAGUGAAGAAGAAGUAGAAGCAGGCACGAAGGUCAUCAGACAAGUCACGUUUGACAAAGAAGCGCGAGGCAAAGAUGACACUGUUGUUGAGGAGAUUGUCUAUGAAUUUGCACCAACGCGUGUCGAUUUCUAUCAACCUGAUGGCAGCAGAAUCUUCAACCUCAUUAGUGUCGACCCAGAGGACAACCUGAUAUUGACUUUCGCUUUUGAAUGGCGACACUCAGAGGUCGAGGCAGAGAGCCAACAGGACAAGAAGUUACGUGAGAAGUAUUUCAAAAUGGCUAAAGGAGCCGUGAAGGGUACUAUCGCUUCCAUUCGUAAGUUGGUUAAAGACCGGGAGCUUUGA